CGUAUUCUAUUAGAUGAUGAGCUGCUUUUCCUUACUCUUUCGAUUAGUUAAUUUCACUUCGACACCCAAAUGUUGUUAAAUUUAUCAAUAUCACCCCAAUCAAACUACAAUUAACCUCCGCCGGAAUCUCUCAAAAUCAACCACCAUGGACCACCGUCAACCACCACAACCUCCGCCGCCGGCGCCGCCGGUAGCAAUCAAUCACCAAACAACCACCCAAAUCCUCAAACAAACCACGAAAACCUUCAUCUCCAAUCUCCUCCUAUUCCUCUUCCUUUCUUCUCUCAUUCUCACUUUCCGUUCCAAUGUCGAAAAUGGUACCAACUACCUCACUUCCUUCAUCGAUCGUGACCCUUCUCUGAAAUCCAUUCUAUCUCGUAUUGACCUCUCCGGUCAACAGCUGCAGCAUCCUCAGCUCCGACGUGACCACCAUCGCCGCCGUCGACCUUUUCUUCACCUAUCCCGUGUAGGUACUCUUGAUGAUGAUUUCUUUUCUGGGGAUUCGGACCUUGAUAAAUCCCUAUUUCAUCCUUCUUCUAAACCUCAGCCGAAUUCUACUUACGUAAUUCUUUCCAAUUUUGACCCGAAUUUAGGGUUCUCAGACCAAAUUAUUGAUGAUGGGAUUUUGUUUCCUCAAGCAAUUCGUAAUGGGUUUAUCUCUUUCAAGUCUCCUUCAGAGACACAGAAUUUGUCUCAGGUUGAUAAUCCUGAAAAUGAGUAUAACAAUGAAAAUGGUGUUGUUGAUUUGCAGUUUUUGAUAAAAGGUCUUGAAUUGGGUCGUGGUGAUGCUACAGCAUUGUUAUUUCUUGUUAGUUUGUUGUCAGCUGCCUAUGCUUAUGUGGUGUUGGCUUUUUUGGUUACUUACACUUGGAUUCAUGGGAUAAUUUUCUUGCAAGUGUUGGAUAAUGUGUUAGGGAAUUACAGGUCAAUUUUCAGGACUGCUUGGGAAGGUUCUAAUUUGGGGUUAAGAAGGCUUUCUGGGUUUGUUUUGAUGAGGUGGGCAGUAAAGGAUGCAUUAGCUCAAUUGUUGGGUAUUUGGGUUUUUGGAGAAAUUGAGGAUCAAUAUUCAUUUUUUAAGGUUUUUGUGAGGAUGAAAUUGAUGCCCUUUUCGGAUGUGGCGCCAUGGGUUACAGGGCAUGAGAAGGAAAGCUUGUGCUUUAUCAUCUCAUGGUUCUUGGUGGAGUUGGUAGUGGGGUUUAUUUUUGCUGUUGAUUCUUGGGUUUCUAUUGUGGACUCAAGGAAAAGUGGUAGGGAGGUUGUCAAAGAAGGAUGUCAUUUGUUGGGUAUUAUGGUGUGUCCUGCUAUAGGAAUCAAAUGUUGGGAAGUUUUGGUUUGUGGGUGGUGUACGAGAUGGAUAUUGGGUCGAAUAUUUGGAGAAGUGUUUGCACUGGCAUUUCAGUGUGUUAUGGAAGUUUAUUUUAUGGUAGUUUGGUUAACAUUUUACUUGGCUGCAAGGUAUAAUGAUGCCUCCUCAGUUGGGAGGACAUUUGGACGAAGAGAAUUGGAAGGCUUUCUCGAGGGCGUUAGAUGAUACUAGGUGGGAAGUGCUAAAGAUUCAUUCCCCUGCCUUGGCAUUACGUUGAAAGAAGCUUUAACUGGAUGAACUAUCGCGCUGGUGGGGUAAUCUUUUGUGCUUUUGAUGUUCAAUGCUUUGAAAUGUGAGUCAGCACGACACUGUUUAAGAAGUCGCCAGCUAUGCUUUGUAUGUACUCUGUUGAGGCAAUAUAUGACUUGUAUAUUUCAUGGGGAUUCUUGUUGGCUAUUCCAUAUCCAUUUCGGAGUAUAUGCUUCACCAUACAAGUCUUUCAUGGUGAUGAAACCUGAAAACUAGUUGUAAUUGUUGUAUUUUUCCUUUUACCAUUAAGGGUAAGAGAUUAAGUGAGCCCUCCUCUUUUUUCUUUUGAUCACGUUUCUGUUGUAGAUUCUGAUGUUUCUAAGUAAGUUGAUUUGUAUAAUGAUAAAUGGUCAUCUUGAACUAAACCUUUCCACUCCCCUACACAAAAAAAAUCAAACUAAACUUCAAAUUGGUGGGUUUGAACUUUCUUUUGAUUAAUGUUUGAACGUGGGACAUUUGUUGCUUAAAGUAUUUACGGAUUUGAAGUGAUUCUUUACCUUGUAAUUAUUGAAGAACUUAAUAAUUGAAGAAUUAGUGCUUAGAUGAUUGAGUAAAUGCUAAAGAAAAUUUCAUGUUUGCUCGAGAAGAACUGAUAUUGUUCCUUUUUCAUUUUCUGGCUAGCUAGUUCCACUUUUUUUUUUUUUCUCAGCCCCUUGCUUGCUUAGUUACCGAAAACAACAACGCUUGGCCUCUUUAAAGGACAAUAAAGUGUCAACAAACUGAAAUUGGAUAUUAACACUUUUAUCUCUUAAAAAACUAGGUAGUUCUGGUAAUUCACGUAUCAAAGUUUGUAUUCCAUCGUACAUAUAGUCUUUAGAGUCAGGUAAAGAGUCAGAUUUCUGGUAGGAUGUAUUGUGUGGGGACUCAUCUCUGACAGAGUAGUUUCCUGACUUGCACCAUAUUACGAUGAUCAAUAAAUAAGGAGGUCACAGUAGCUGAGCUUCUUAGAAGAGAUGGGUGCUUAGUGUUCAAUGUAGGGAAACAGGUGGCUGGAAUGUGGUGCUCAGAAAGAAUAUAAAUGACUGGGAAAUGGUAAGGAUGUCAGAAAUUUUGAAUUUGGAGACAUUUUAAGGUGUAUCAGAUGAUGAAAGUGGCAAGGUAACCUGGAGAGCAAAAAAGCAAAGGUAUUUUCACUGUCAAAAUUGCUACAACUUAUUACUAAUAGAAGGGACUGAUCAGAUCCCUCUUGGUCUUGGAGACAGAUGUGGAAAAACAAUGAUCCUCAAAAAGUAUUAUGCUUUUCUUGGCUGGUUGCUCAAGAACGGUAAGGCAUGCUUAUUCUCACCCAUGAGUUCUAUAUUGAAGGACAUACAAUAAAUAUUGUGCUUGAUUAUAAUUUUUUCAAUUCUUUAUUCAUAAUUGUUGUUCGUGUUUGUAGUUAUUAUUCUUGAUUUACAUAUGCACUUCUAUUUUCUUUUUCAUGUGAGCCUUUCUUCAUCAAAUAUUUGUCAGGGUUCUGCAGUUAAAGCCCCUGCAUAUCUUAAUGUGUUACCCAACAUAUUUUAGCGUCUUUACUCGACUUUUGCUUUUGGUAACAUUGUACUCUGACAAGCUUGCAUGGCAGCCAAUGGUGGGAUUCUUAGAAAGGAUUCAUCGCAGCUCUUGAAGCCUUUUUAAUCUACUUUGCUGGGCAGUGAGCUCUCGAAGCUGCUGAAAGCCUGAAAGAGGGAAACUGUUGUGGUAGUCAUCGUGGCUUUUCAAAGAUCCUAUAGCUUUUUCCGUAAGCAUGGUUCACCGAACAAUUGUUUGAGACUGGUAACAUUGUAUAACCAUCUUAUCUGAAUUUUAAGUUAUAAGAGAUUGCAUGCCUUUUAUUUGCUUAAUUAUAUCUUUGAAAUAGAAAAGAGAAGUGUUGUAGAGAGGAUUGUCUAUGAAGAUGUUCUCGAUGAAGUCAUAUAAUGAUUACUUGAUCAUGGUCAGUGACUUCAGGCCAUGUGGAGGUCCCUGUGGAAGAUGGAGGCAGCUAAUAAAGCUGGAUUUUUUCACGCAGUGUGCAACUUGGAGUGUUAUUAUAAAGACGAUCACCUUGAGAAGUAGAAGACCUAUAGUAGUUAGUUAGAGUUAUUAUCCAAGGAAAAUGGUCAGAACAUGGACCAUAUACUGGUUCCAUUGCAGCUUCUCCAUCAGCAAUGGAGGCACUCUAAGUUCAUUAUGGCCUAGGUGCUAGGCAAAUGGAGUUGUGGACACGUCGCUCCUCCGUGCAAUUGUUAGAUGAUUUGGAUUAAAUGAAUAUUGUAGAAGAUGUAUUGGGGUCAAGCAUCCAAUACAGAUAAUCAAAAGCUCAUUUAUUGUGGAAGUCCCCAGGGCUUUGGUCUAGUGGUAAGAGCGUUACUUGUGAUGUGUGGGUUAGGCACACGUCAGGGGUAUGAACUUGCUGCAGACAAAAGGCUGGUAUUUAAGUGGAGAGAAGGGUAGAGGGGCGGACCCAUUAUCCACCGAGUUUCCAACCUUGCACCACUGGUUCUUGGGGAUUUAUCAAUCAUCCUAGACAAGCUCAUUUGUUGUGGAAGGGAUUCCCCAUAUAUUGUAUAGAUAGAUGGAUGGUUCUUUUUGGAGCUUUGAUGUAAACCCACAAUAUGUUGUGACAUCCACUUGGUGUAUCAUCAAUGAAGUUAUUUUGACUUGUUAAAAAGAAACUCCCGCAUCUAGUUGAAUGUAAGUGGGUCAGCAUUUGGAAGAUUUCCUGUAUUGUAACACAGUACCUUGAAAUGAACAUACCCUCAAAUGUCAUUGGAAUUUCAAGUAUUCUUUGCGUACUUUUCCUAUUGUUCCAUUGCCACAUUCUUGUGAUAAUUUGAGAUAAACUGAGGAAUAGAAUGAUAUUUAAGAGAUAAAGAAGUUGAUGUUUGAGAAAGUAUGUAGCUGUUUGAGAAAUAUCUAGUUUGCACCCAAGGGUGUGAUAUAGUGGUCAAUGAAGUGGAAGAGAACCACGAGUCUCAGGUAACAGUUUCGAGGUGCACGUCAGUUGGCUCUGCGCCACCACCAUUUUUUUGAGAAUGGUAACUUUUCAUUUAAACACAAAAAGGUGCUGAUGGGUGUAAAAACAAGAUACAAACUCCAAACGAGUGCGCAAAAAACAUAAGCAUCCCCCCCUGACUAAACAAAAACCUACAGGGAUGCUAUGACAUCAAGAAAAAGAAAAGACAAUAUACAAUUUAAUUUGAUUCUCUGUGUAGCGUUCUUUGUAUCCUCAAAAUACCUAGAAUUCUUUUCUUCCCAAACUGUCCCUCAAAUGCAUGCAGAGAUGACUUUUACCAGUUCUUUUGCGUAACACCUUCAGUUAGGCCAUUCCAGCAUCUCAGGAGAUCCAUUGUCUUCAGUUACCACCAUAAAAAGCUAGUUUUUGAGUAUUUCAUUAAUAAUUCUAGUUCUAUUGAUGGAGUCACUUCUGUCGCGGUUAUAUUUCCUACUCUAAUACUUCAGAUUUUGUUCACUCAGUACUAUGAUACAUCAUACCCUAUAGCUUUUGGCAUCAGAAAUGUUGAGGUUUUUAUAUCCUUGCCACAAUUGUGGCUUUGCGUGAAGUAUAAUUGCAUAGAACAUUAUCUGUAGAAAACUUUUAUGAAGGAAUCAAUUGUUGAAUAAUUUUCUGGUGCUUUUCGAUCGUAAUGGCAGUGGCAGGUUGUAGUAGUCAAAUGAAGGGAUGGGGAUGUAAGGACUGGUCUUCAGUAUAUCAUCACAGCGUAUGUGACAGAGAUUAAAAAAGUACAUUUACAUAUGGUUAGGAGCAAAUGCCAGAAAUUGUACAAAUGACAGGGUUUAGACUGUUGUGCCAUGUAUAUAUGAAUACAAGAUAAGCGGGCACAUGCAAAAUUUAAUAUUUGGAUGUCUGCUUUAUGAGAUCAUCAAAUUACUGAACAAGUUCUGUUUUUGAUGAAUAUAUGAUACUUGUUAAGUUUUCCUCAUCUAAGUUCCGAGGCAAUUAGUAACUUCAGUACUUCGACAGCAUGUAGUUUCUUUGAGUUCAUUCCAUUAAGAAGUUCCUACAUGCAGAAUGCUCUUGCUUCAAAUGGAUAUUUGGUUAUUUAGAAGGCUGAGAUCUGAAUUUGUCGCGCUCAUCUAUUUUGAAAGGUAAAUGUAGGGAUCAAACUGAUGUUACCUAGAUGAUGAAUUUCUUAUUCAUUGGUAACCACUUCUGAUCCCUUUAAUGAAGUCGGUUAACUUGCAACCAUGUAAGCUGAUUUAGUUUUCUAGAGCUUCUCCGUUGAGUUUUUUUUUUUUUUUUCUAUUGGUCGUGUUGACAGUGUCUCUCUCCUUUUCAGGGGCCAAACGUUAUCUAUAAAGUCCUCAGGAUGAAGAAAUUAAACAGUUUUCUUUGCUCAAUAUUCUUUUGUGCAGCUGGAUCUCCAGACAGUAAAGGAAUAGCUAAGCAUUCAUUGAACUGCUCAGUAGUUCAAAAUUUGUCUUGGAAACUGUUGAUGAACAGCUUCAAUAGUUGGGCUAAUGCUCAAUUUCUGAAUGUCGAUUUUCCCGACUACUUUUUCGUAAUACUCUUAAGCAGUUGUAUAUUUGAUUUAUAUGAUAGAAGUUGGUGUGUGGGUAAGUGGGUGGAUUUCAUAUAUUGUGCAUCUCUAUUCUGUAACCUAGAAUGAGUUUGUGAUUCGCAGAUUUGCUCGAGCUUGUUAGGUGGAACGUAAUGUUUGAUUUGCUUGUUUUCAUUUGUAUCACAUCGGAUGAAGGAGUUGAAUAUUUCUUUUAUCCUGAUACCUUUUGUUUGUUGAUAUUGGUGAAUGGAAUUUAUCAGUUUGUGGGAAGACUAAUUUUUAGGAUUGUAUUUCCCCCAAUUUGCUGGUUUUAAAGUGUAGUUGACUUAAAUAAAAUUUGCACUCUGUAGGAAGUUAUAGUUCUGGGGGUGCUUGAAUACUGUUGUGUAGAAUUCAACUGAAGUGAUUUCUCUCUUUAGUGCCCUUUCCUUGCUUUUGAACUCGAUUAUUCUGUGGUCUCGGUGGUUGGAUUGUUAGUUUACUUGUCUACAUCUAGCAAUCUUUUUCACUACACAAAUAAGCUCAUUGUUCUUGCUCAGUUAGGUCAGUGAAACAGGGUAUGUUAUUUUUUUCAACUUUCUCCCGCAUAUCCUUUUCUUCAUCCUGUCUCUUCUUCAUAGAUGUAUCUUCCUUUUCUCAUCCGUUCCUUUCUUGAUAGUUGCACCAUCAAAUUGGUUUCAAUAGAAAGAAUUGAUCUUAGAAUGACAACAUUUUACAAGACCUUCAAGGUAUGACUCAGCCAGCUAAGUGACAUGUUUGGUGAGGAAGCACCUAAAUCAGCAGCAAGUUAAGAAUUAAAAUUAAUAUUAGAAGAAAAAAGGAAGAAGCUACAGGUCACCAAUCUGAUCAACUUCACUCUAUGAAACUUCUGGUAGUCUUGAAGAUGGUGUGCUUCCUGAAAUACCAUGGUGUUGGUCUAUGGUGCUCGGAUUCUUUCAAAAUUAUGCCGCACCCAUCUCGGGUUCUUCAAAAAUACAAUAGUUUUGGAGAACCCGACACGCACCAGUCGACAUGUUUGAAGAGUCCGAGCAACAUAGGUGUUGGUUACAAAGACCAGUGGGAUAGAAUAGAAUUCAAUACCAGUUCAUGAUGCAUCUCUAAAGCUUGGUUGCCCCACCCCUAUCCUGAUUAUCACUUUCUUACCAACUGUUAUUUCAUCAAAUUACCACAUCUUAUGUAUCUUCUAUGUUUGUGACAUCCUUCUUGGUUUCUAUGCAUGAUUAUAUCUGUUAUGGCUCGUCUCUCUGAUCUACUGCUUCAGAAUAUCUUCAUGCUCAAGGUUCAUAGGUUGCCCAAACUUGUUCUGUAUCUCUAGUGUUAACCUCUUACUCAUCUUUCAGGGAUUAUCCAACCAUAUUGUCAACUUCACUAAGGUCCUUGUUCUUGGUAUUUAUCUUUGUUUCAACACUUCAGAAGGAGAAUAGCUCGACAAUGUUGGGAAUUUUUCUUCAGUAUUUGCGGGAUCUCUUGGAUCAUGCCCCAAAUUGUGAAGGAAAUAUUGGAGAGUUGGCAGCGCAGAGAACGCAUAAAGUUUUGAAGCAAAUUUGGAUCACAGACCUUUGUGCAUUUUCGAACUAUUUGGCUAGAAAGAAAUAACGCUUGUUUUGAUGGGCAAAAAGACCAUAUUUCUAGAGUUAAAAACAAUUGUUUACAUGAUUUGUUUUCUUGAUGUAAAAGUAGUUUCAUUGAUAAUAUAGAUCAAUAUAUGGAGCUAUUGGAGUUGCUAA